UGGAACUGGAUGAGCAUUGUGCUCCUUUGCAACCCAUAGAUGAUUCUAUGAUCUUGACCUGAAAGAAAGCAGUGCUCUGUCCUGGCACUGCUAAAUGCUGAGUAUUGGUGUGCCAGUCCACGUAAUCAGUUAUAGCUGCAAAAUACCUGCACUAAAGCACAGAGCAGCGCAUCACUAGCAUGAAGUUGUCACUGGAUACUUCCAACACUUCCUCUAAUACCUGAGGUUAUCAAACAGAGCUUCAGCAUCUUUGCAAAGUUUGGGAGGCAUCUGUAGACCGUCUGGAUGGAUGAAGAUCCCUCUGAAGCAGCAGCAGGAUGAUGCCUCAGAGCUGCUGCAAGUGCUUACCAGAGAGCACUGGUGGCACAGCCGGAGCAAUCGAGUGCUUCCCUCACUGCCACCGAGCUGUGAAAUCGGACGUGACCUAUUGACUGAUCCUCAGACCGAAAUUAAAAGGUAUCGAUGGGCUCUUCGGGGCUGUUGUAGAGGAAGUGCAUUCAUCCUAUGCAGGACACUUGUAGUGGCGAUGCACUUGAGCAGGGCGCUGAUCAGAGAAACCUAAAGGAGUGCCUAGUGCCACGUCUUGGCCUCAUGUUGGACUGCUAUGGACCCGGCCAUCCCUGCCUUAUCUCUGCCUGUGCUGGGAAGCUCAGACACAGCAGAUGUACCUCUUUCCUUUGGAGGAUGAAAGGGAACGUGGUUGGUAGGAAGCUCAAGCUGUGGAUUUCUCAUUUCUAGCCUUUCUUUGAAUGUGGUUUCACCCUCCCCAUAAAUAUUAAUUUGGUCACCGUUGAGUCGUGCUCAGAGCUGUAGCAGACGGACCAACACAUUGAUUUUCUCCUCCCUCCAUCCCCAGCAAAUAUAAAUCCAAGUGUGCAGAGCCUGCAUUCCACCAAUUGCUCGGGUGGUGACAUGAACUGUUCGUAAUGUGAAAUCCAACGCACACGGAUGGAAGAUGUCAGGGGUUGUCACUGGAUACCAUAGAGCUUAAUUUUACACAUUUGCUGUAAAGAAAGUCUUAAAAUGGCACAAUAACCAUGGGAGACUGGAAUUUCCUUGGAGGCAUUCUGGAGGAGGUCCACAUUCACUCCACUAUAAUUGGCAAGAUUUGGCUAACCAUCCUCUUCGUGUUCCGAAUGCUUGUCCUUGGAGUGGCCACCGAGGACGUCUGGAAUGAUGAACAGUCAGAAUUUAUUUGCAAUACUGAGCAACCUGGCUGUAGGAACGUGUGCUAUGAUGAGGCCUUUCCCAUCUCUCUCAUAAGAUACUGGGUCUUGCAAGUUAUCUUUGUGUCUUCUCCUUCUUUGGUGUAUAUGGGUCACGCCUUAUACAGACUAAGAGCCUUAGAGAAAGAGAGACAGAAGAAGAAAGCUCAGGUGAGAGUGGAACUUGAAAGCACUGAACUAGAAAUGACAGAAUAUCGGAAAAGGCUGGAGAGGGAACUCCGGCAGCUGGACCAAAGAAAGCUGAACAAAGCACCCCUGCGAGGUUCGUUGCUCUGCACUUACGUGAUACACAUUUUCACUAGGUCUGCAGUGGAAGUCGGUUUCAUGAUUGGGCAAUAUCUGCUUUACGGGUUUCGCCUGGAUCCCCUUUACAAAUGUCAAAGAGAUCCAUGUCCAAACGUAGUCGACUGCUUUGUAUCACGGCCAACAGAAAAGACGGUGUUCAUCCUAUUCAUGCAGUCAAUAGCGACCGUAUCAUUGCUUUUAAAUGUCUUAGAAAUUAUCCACCUCGGAUUCCGAAAAAUUAAAAUAGGUCUCUGUGGGCAGGAGGAAAACAAGGAUUACCGUGGCAAUUUCUACACAAACAAAUCCAAGAAAUACUCUGUGAUACCCCGCUCUUCUCUGGGUAUAUCUGCAACUCCUCAAAAAACUCUCCCUUCUGUACUUAGCGGUUAUGCCUUUUUAAUGGAAAAGCAAACCGACACUGCCAUCUACCCGGUCUUAAAUUCUGCUCCCACGUUCCCCUCUAUUCAAAAUAACCACACAGAAAAUAGAGGCAAUUACACCCACCACAAUCAGGACAACAAACUGCCGAAGAAAAAGCCAGCUACAGAUGCUUUAGCUGGUCAGACUCAGAAAGCUAGCACAAACUGCACUGAAGGCUUGCUGGGCAGGCCUGGGACUGAAAGGAGGAAUUCCCAGAAAGAAGCUGAUCAGAAACACUUCCUUGCUGGUACUCAGAAUGCAGAUACCGCUUCAAGAAGCUUUGCUGAGAUGCUGUCGCAGCCCCCUCUGCAGCCUUUUCCCGUUGCCAGCCUGAGAAGACAGCACGGAAUCAUCUCCUCCUGGAACUGCUCCGCAGCGGCCGAAAGCGUCGGAUCCUCCACCAAUUCCCUCACAAAAAGCAGCAGCAGGAGACGGAGCAGCCUCAGCGUGAGCCAAGGCCAACUGCCCCCCAAAGCCGACACCCGGCACCCCAGCCGCCCCGACACCCCCGACUCGGCAGGGGAGGCCAGCACGGGCUCCAAGCAGAGCCAGGGCUGCGGCAGCCCCCAGCCACUGCCCUUAUCUGGGCGUCCAUCGCUGUCAAGCAGCGCGAGCAGCCGGCGGGCCCCCACCGACCUGCAGAUAUAGCAUGGCUGCCCAAGCAGUGUGCUUGGCUAGCUGCCGGGCUUUGUGAUAGAAGCAAGAGCAGCCACGAGCAGCUUUCUAGUUCAGUUUUAGCCUUCCGCAGAGGUUAAGGUAGAAGUUGUGCAGCCCUUUUGCUUUUAGCUAAAUGACAUCUGAACCAUCUGCUUGCUUCGCUGGCAACGGAGGGAUGGCUUAAACCUCUGUGCCAAGCUUCUGCAUUAACCUUCCAGCUGCAAAGGAAAAUGUACAUCAUAUAAAUCCACAUACAAAUCCACACAUGAGAAGUCAGGAUUAAAAUUAUAGCUGGCGAUAUGUAAGCCGGCUAAAAGUAGAAGACAAAAUUCCAGUCUAUAAAUGUAUUUUAUGAAAACUAGUAAAUGAAAUUAGGUGAAAAAAAAAAGGCACUGAGAUACCUGAGAGAAAAUAAUUAACAAUAAAUAACAUUCUUAGAACCAGGAA